AUGGUUUUCAUCAUUGUACUUGUUCUGUUUGCCUAUGUUGCAUAUCGAUUGUAUCAACACUUUUAUCCUGCACCUAAUAUUGAUCCUCGUGGGAAAUAUGUUCUCAUAAGUGGUUGUGAUAGUGGCUUUGGAAAUUCACUAGCUAUUGAUCUUGAUAAACAAGGUUUUAAUGUCUUUGCUGGUAUUUACAGUGCUGAUAGUAGAGCUGCAUUAGCUGAUCAACUUUCGGCAAGAGCAAACAUCUUCAUACUUGAUGUAACUCAACAACGAGAUAUUGACGCUGCCUACGAGAUGGUUAAAGAAAAGACGAACACACUUCAUGCUUUAGUCAACAAUGCAGGUGUUUUUACUGGUGGUCAUAUUGAUUGGAUAACGAUACAAUCCAUGCGUGAAGUAAUGAAUGUAGACUUUUUCGGACAUGUAGCCAUGACAAAAACAUUCUUACCAUUACUGAUUACAAAAAGAGAUUCACGUGUAGUGAAUGUUUGUUCAAUAGCCGGCUUCAUAGCUGCACCUUCCAUCUCGUCUUAUUGUGCUGCUAAGCAUGCACUAGAAUCGUUUUCCGAUUGUCUUCGUCGUGAGAUGCACGUUUGGGGCUUGCGUGUAAGCGUUAUCGAGCCGGGUAUCAUGCGAACGCCCAUUAUUGAAAAGUAUAAUCAAGCUGCACACGAAAUGAGUAUGAAAUUACCGAUUGAUGUUCAAGAACGAUGGGGCAAAGAAUUUUUCACACAUCAUUUUGAUAAAAUAAAAAACAAUCCUUUGAUUAAAUUGGCCGAAAAUCCUAUUAAAGUAGUGCAUGCAAUGCAUCAUGCAGUAAUAAGCACGGCUCCACAUAUUCGCUAUCGAGUUGGCUGGCAAUCAAACUUCGUCUAUUUUCCUCUAUCGAUUAUUCCUACUUGGUUGGCUGACUUAUACUUUGUAAAAGUGCGUGGUUCACCUAUUCUACCGGCUGGCGUAAAUAAACAACUCAAGCCAUAA